CUUCUCUCCUUGACGUCGAGAACUCGUCUCAAUAUGAGUAAAGCAACCUGCGUUGUCAUCGUCUUGUCCAUUGCUCUUCUUUUGGCUUUCGUCGCCAGCGACGACGUGUCGUUUGGCGUGGGGAAAGCACAGUGCUUCGAAAGAGAUCUCGCAGAGAACAGGCCUUGCGCCACUGCUUGCACCUGUAAUGCCCAGGUGAUAAACGAUACACAUCGCACGAACAGAUGUUAUCUGCAAUUUACACUGCCGACACGUUUCUGUCCGGAUUCUGACGAAAACCAGCUAGUGAUCUAUUGGGGUGACGGAUUUGUAUACCGCGAGACGUCGCCACUGCGGAGGCCUAAUUUCACUUUCGACGUGAGUCACCACUACUCGUCCAACGGCGAGAAACGUGUCCGAUUCGAAGUGAUGAGUCUGGUGGGAUCCAGUUCGUGCAGAACCGUCUACACUAAAUACGUCACUAUAAGACGCUGCUAGGAAUGGAAGAGUAGAGGCCGUGACACUGGGAACCUUUUGCAAGUUGCAUGCUAGAGUCUCUAGAGCUAGAGCGACGUUGUUGUUUGUCUUGUUCUGUGUGGUAGAGGUACAUGUCUAAGCAACUGGAUGCAAUAAUAAGCCGCAAAACUCA